AUGUCGAAUGCGAAGGCCACGAAGAAGAGCGCCUUCUCGUGUGAUAUUUGCAGACAAAGAAAGGUGAAAUGCGGGGGGGAGCAGCCAAUAUGCAAGCGAUGCGCUUCUCGAGGGGUCGAGUGCGGAUAUAGUUUGAACCCAACUUUGUCGUAUACCCAGCGACUUGAGAAGCGGAUCGUGGAGUUGGAAAAAACACUCUCGGCUCGUCCCGACGACAAUGGCCAGCCAUCGCUGGCGCCCAUUUCAGCGGACAAUCAAGCUUCAAAUCAGCAAAAUCCAAAGCAACCGUCACAGCCCCUAAACGGGCUCAAAGUGGAUAACAGCGGCGGCAUCACUUAUCAUGGGCCGACGAGCUUCUUUAACCUCCCAAGAAACCCAGCAACUACUGCGAGUGAUGUGUCGCUGGACGAAGGCAAUGCUCAGAGAAGAGAGCGGUUGGUGGUCAAUGCAUGGCAAGAACGAUCCUUCGAGAACCUAUCCAGCACUCCGGCGCCUUUCCACCAUCUACUCAACAUUCAUUGGUGCUGGGUUCAACCAGUGUUUAACUUCAUCUAUAGACCAGCUUUCAGUCGCGACAUGCAAAUGAAUGGUCCCUACUUUUCUCAAACACUCCUAACUACAAUCCUGUCACAUUCGAUUCGGUGGGCUAAGAACGACGAUUUAACUAUGCGACAGAUCGACGCAAUCUAUGGCGGCGGCACCAAUCUCGCCGAAUGCGCACGCACUAUGCUAUUUGAGGAGCUGAGGCAAGGCGUGUGUUCCAUUCCAACCGCGCAGACCUUGCUACUGCUCAGUGCGCGGGAGUGCAGCAGUGGCAACAGCGGCCAGGCAUGGAUGUACAGUGGCAUUGCCUUUCGUAUGAUUGACCACCUUGGUAUUUGUGUAGACGGUACCCGGUUUCCUGGAUCCAUACAACUGACAGAUGAGGACGUGGAAAUAAGACGCCGCCUGUUCUGGAGCUGCUAUUUCUGGGACAAAAUGAUUAGCUUGUAUUUGGGUCGCUCACCGUCGGUGCACUGCUCCGGGGUGUCACCUUCGUUAGCCAUGUCUGACGACUCCACGGACAAUGACCUCUGGUUUCCAUUCGGAUCAAAAUCUCAAAAUACAUGGCAGUAUCCACCAUGUGCUGCCCAUUCGACAUCCUGCUUCACGAAGAUAUGCCAGCUCUCGGUCAUACUGAACGAAAUUCUUAUCCACAUGUAUGAUCCACUACAACAAAACACCCCGAAAGAAAUCAUCGAUUGCCUUCGCAGCCAGGGCACUGCACUACUACUCUGGUGGGAUAACCUUCCGCCAUCCUUGAAAAUUGAUGUUUUCGCCUUACCUCCAUUAGCACCGCCUUCGCAUAUUGUUACACUGAACUUUCUGUAUCAUGCGUUGAAGAUAUUACUACAUCGACGUAUGUUACCCUUCCGAGGAAAAACAGUUGACGAAGAAUCGAGUGCGAUGCCACACCACCUACAGGAGUGUGUGACUUCAGCGACUUCCAUUAUUGCCGCGUUUGAUUUAUUCUGCAAGACAUUCGGAAUUGGGCACUGUGUGCUGUCUCAAUUGUACAGUGUCUAUAUCGCAGCAACCAUAUUCCUGCUACAGAUCCAAGCCACCCCUCACGACAGUCAGGCUUUAGGAAGGCUCGAGUUCUGUCUGAAUGCGCUGGACAAAGCCAAAGACACCAACAACGUAAUCUCCAGUGCUUUGAGCGUCAUAUCCGAAGAAUUGCAUGCUUCAGGUAUCGAGCUACAGUCUUUUCGAUCACAUGAUACUUCAUCACAGCCAAACCGACCCGCCUAUGAUGUGUUAACAUCCGAGGGUACGACAGCACAGUCGGAUCUAGCGGAUACAAUAGGCACCUCUACGGAUAUCGAACCAGAACUCAUGUCUGAGAAUGCUUGGAAUAUCGACUUUGACCCAGCACAUAUGGUUUUGGAUCCGGGACUACUGGAAGCGCUGUCGACCAUUGAACCACUCAGCGUAUCGGUUGCGGCUAUAUCUGAUUUUGAUUAUUCCAAUCAGACAGCAUGA